UUCAUUCACAAAAUUUACAUAAGAUCCUCCAAAGUCCAACACCCAACAACCCCUUUGUCACCGGCGCCAUUAAAGCCUUCUCUCAACGUGCACUGCUGCCUCUUCAAAAAUAAAAAAUAAAAAUAAAUAAAAAAAAACCUUUAGAGAGAGAGAGGGAGAGAGAGAUGGGGAAGGAUAAGUCUUCAUUGGAAGAUUUGAUAGAGAAGGCAGGAGGUUGUGCUGUGGUUGAUGGAGGAUUCGCUACACAGCUUGAGAGGCAUGGUGCUGUCAUCAAUGACCCUCUUUGGAGUGCCCUCUGUCUCAUCAAAGACCCUCAUCUUAUCAAGCAGGUCCACUUGGAAUACUUGGAGGCUGGUGCUGAUAUUUUGGUCACUUCAUCUUACCAGGCCACCCUGCCCGGAUUUCUGUCCAGAGGACUUUCGAUCGAAGAAGGGGAGUCAUUAUUAGAGAAGAGUGUCAAGUUGGCUGUUGAAGCUCGGGAUAGUUUUUGGAAUUCAUUGGAAAGGACUCCUGGACAUUGCUAUAACAGGGCUUUGGUUGCAGCCUCCAUUGGAAGCUAUGGAGCUUAUCUUGCUGAUGGUUCGGAGUACAGUGGGUGUUAUGGCCUGGAUGUGAAUUUGGAUAAGCUGAAGGAUUUCCACCGGCGCAGAUUGCAAGUAUUAGUGGAAGCAGGUCCGGAUUUACUUGCCUUUGAGACUAUUCCCAAUAAAAUUGAAGCUCAGGCCUGUGUUGAGUUGCUUGAAGAAGAGAACAUUGAAGUUCCAUCUUGGAUCUGUUUUAGCUCUGUAGAUGGUGAGAAUGCCCCAUCAGGAGAGAGUUUUAAGGAGUGCCUGGAUAUAAUAAAUAAGAGCAACAAGGUGCAUGCAAUUGGAAUAAACUGUGCACCUCCCCAUUUUAUUGAAACCCUUAUCCACAAAUUUAAGGAGUUAACCAAGAAGGCAAUAAUUGUAUACCCUAAUAGUGGUGAGGUAUGGGAUGGCAGAGCUAAGAGAUGGCUGCCAUCAAAAUGUUUUGGUGAUGACAAAUUUGAAGUUUUUGCAACAAGAUGGCGCAACUCAGGAGCUAGACUCGUUGGAGGCUGUUGUCGGACAACACCUUCCACCAUUCUAGCCAUUUCAAAGGUUUUGAAAGAAAGUUCCUAAGCAAAGGAGAUAGCUAGGCAGUUGAUUUCAUUCUUUCAACUUCCACCAAGUGGCUUUACUUUUCUGAGUUGUUUCCAUUGAAUUUGUUUUACCUCAUAUUUUUACUCAUUAAAAGAAUGGAGAGAGAGAGAGAGAAGAUCAAGAAUAUCAUCAGUUUUUAAUCUUAGAGAUUAUGCAUCCCAUUACUAUUUGCGAAAUGAACUACAAAAGAAAUUACAUUUCGUUUCUAGAGCAAAUUUUGUACUUAAAUGACGAUGAAAAACUAGUGUGGUCAUUUAGUGUAAUCAAUAUUAAAUACUUACUGGGCUUCAUCA